CUGUGUGCGGAGGAUUAGGCUAUAUUCCUAGGGGUCGCAGAGUGCAGGAUUUUGUUUUGGGAUUUCUUUUGGGUUUCCAUAAAGUGGAAGCCCGUAUUUCGUUUUUUUAUUUCCUCUGCCGUGAUCGCAAUGGCGCCUGUCAAGCACCGCAAGAUCGUGAUGUUAGGUUACCCUUCAGUUGGUAAAUCUUCCCUCGCACUUCAGUUUAUUAAAGGAGAUUUUCCUAAGGACUAUGAGCCUACCAUUGAGAACACUUGGAGCAAGACCUUUGUUAUGGGGAGUGAAGAGUUUGAGUUGGAUGUGGUGGACACUGCAGGGCAGGAUGAAUACUCUCUGCUUCCUCAGUCAUUCGUUUUUGGAAUCCAUGGAUACAUUGUAGUAUACUCGGUGGCAUGCUCCAGAAGCUUCCAGAUAGCCCGUGCCAUUCACAGCAUUCUUGUGGACAAGCGGGGAAAAUGUCUUAUGCCUAUAGUCCUUGUUGGGAAUAAGAAUGACCUGCCAACUCACUGCCGUGAAGUGAAACCAGAAGAUGGGAAAAAGCUAGCAGAGUCUUGGGGAGCUGCAUUCCUGGAAGUUUCAGCAAAAGACCCUGAGAGGUGCAAGCUGAUCUUUACUAAAAUGAUUGAGGAAAUUGACCGUGUCGAGCGAUCCUUUGGUGAAGAGAAGAAAUGCUGCGUCAUGUGAAAUUAAUUUCAUCCUCCACCAUCUGACUAGAGCAGCAGCAGUAUGCGUAAAGCCUGGCAGAUAUGACAGAUCCCUCUGCCCAGUGAUGUUACUGCAGCAGACCAAUGCACCGAUCAAUGCAAUCCUUAUUGGCCCGGCAGCAGGUUCCAUGAUGUUUCCUUUGCUGGGUCAGAGGACACCUUCUCUACGUUUUGAUGCUUUCACUAUGGAAUAUGAUUUAUUGAGUGUUGAACUGAUUCGUCGCCUUUUGUUUUCCAAGUUUGUGCUGUAGCUUUGUCACGGAAGAGCACAGACUGCAACAGCAGUUGCAUUUACAGUAUCAACCCCUUUUAAUGGAUGUGUAUCAUGCAGUUUGCACAAACUUGCAGCAGUGCUGUUGAUAUGUACAUAUGUAUUGUUUUUUUCUUGGACUGUGUAAUUUGUUACAGAGCCUAUUUAUGUUUAUUUGUUGAAAAAAAAACUUGUAUUUGUCAGGGGGCGGGGGGUAGGAAAGGGAUUAGAGUAUUUAUAUGCUUAUUUUCAUUAGUACCUUUCUCUGAUGAGGAGGGGUUAUUUUUGCAGUAAUGUGAAGUUAACUUUUUUCAGAAAAUCGGGUAUAGUAUAUCGGGUAUGCGUAUAAUCCCUGGAAAUGCUGCACUGUCUGCUCCUUUCAAGAUUAGAAGGGCAGAUGCAUUUAUGAACUGUUUACACUAGGUGCCUGAUAUGCUUGGUAGGUCCAUAAGGCUGAUUGAGAAACUGACAGUGAAAUAAUCCAGUUGGCAACCCCUAAACCAUGCACAUAUCUUGUUUGGAGAUAUUCCUAUUGAAAGUCUCUAUUAUUGGCCAUAGGGCCAAUAGCAGAUAUUGUGCCGGGUGAGCAUGUUAAAAACAACGAGUUGCAUCAGGAGACUUUGGUGUAGCUAAUUGCAGUAAGCAUAAGGGUAGAACUACAUGAGCGAUUUCCACGUGUUUUCGGUGGCUCCGACGUGCUGCACCAAAACGCAGGUGUCAAGUUGGAUGCGAUGGAAAAUAAGGUAAGAAAUACAAAUGUCAGAUGGUGCCGCAGCGUUCAUCCGACACGACUGUCAGAUGCAGGCACUGCAUGCAUUGUCUGCAUCUGACAUUUGUGUCGUGACGGAUGAAUGCUGCGACUCCAUCCGACAUUGCUGUUGCUUACCCUAUUUUCCGUCGCAUUCGACUUGACACCUGCGUUUUGGCGCAGCGCGUUGGAUCCGCCGAAAAUGUGUGGAAAUCGCUUAUGUAGUUCUACCCUAAGUUCUGCCUUUCUUUUGCCUUUAUAGCAAGUUCCUUACCAGAGCAGUAAACCUAGUUGCCCACGUGGCCCCUGGCCUAUGUGCGAACAAGUUUACUUGCUGUUUAGUGAGAUACUAAAUGGCUUUAUCUUUGACUAUUUAUGUGCCUUUCAUUAUUCUGGCCAGCAGUGUAUGGUCAGAAGAUAACCUUCUGACAGAAAGAAUGUAAAUGUGUAAGUUAUUAUUAUUAAUAUUUUUCUGGCACAAAACUGAUGUUGAUGUUGUUGUUUUUUUCUUGUUUUGAAUUAUUUCUAUAAUGAAUUUCAGUUUUGUGUAUUUAUAUUUUGUUAUAAUUGUGAUGCUUUUUUUUUUUUUUUUUUCUUAUAACCCUAAUACCUGAUUUGCUGUUGUUUUUUCAGCCCUGCAUCAGAUUAAUAAAAGGGAAGGUUGAAAGUGAGCCAAACUUUCUGUCAGUGUGAUAAUCCAAUGCUUUGCAUGGACGGAAAAUUAUUAAAAGGGAAUUUAUUAUUGAUGUUUCUAUGUAGUGUUCAUUUUCGGUUUUUUUCCCCUUCCACCUUUAAGAUCAAAUUAGCAGUGGUAAAGUGAAGAGUAAAAUGAAUAGCAGAGGGCCAACCAAAAAAGAAAUAUAAAUGACAUACCUCUGUCAGUUCUAUCACAACCACAGUACUAUUCAUGUUUACUUAUACUGUUCCCAAGAGUGAGCCCUCUAUGCUGCUUGCCUUUCCAGAAAUUUUCUUCUUAUGUAACAGGCUGGUACAUCUAGUUCUUAUCACAGCAUGGUGGUGAUUUUAUUGAGAUCUUUUAGGAAUACCUGAGAAUGCAGCAUUUUCAUCACAUACAUACAUACGUCAUGCACAUGAAUACUUUAAUAUAAAUGCUUUCUACUAAAGAGCUAUUAUAAAUGUAACAUUUGUGUUUGUUUGUUUUUUUUAGUAAUUGAAAUCCUUUCAUAUUUGAUUAGUGAUUUCCCCUACUUUUUUUUACAUUUGAAUAAAUCUGUAUUAUGUACAUAUAUGGAAAUGUAGUAAAUUUGGGACUGGAAACCAUUAAACCACCCAUGAAAGCAUUUCUGUCAUUAUACAAUAAGCACAGUGUUUGUCUAGGCAUGGAUGAUUUAUAUAUGAAUGUUUUGGUUUUCUUUUGAUUUUCGAUUUUACUGUUGAUGGUUUGAAUUGAACCAACUCCCAUGCAGUAUUGCUUUUGUUUUGUAUUGUAAGUUCUGCUAAUAAAGAUUAUUAAAUAUUUUUAAUAAAUCUAUGGCACAGCA